CGCUGUCCCCCUCCUCCCUCAGAUAUUUUCUACGAGGGGGCGGCGCCUUCGUCCCCAAUCGCUCCCUCUCUCUCUCUCUCUCUCGCUCGCCGUCUCCUCCCCCACAAUCCCCCCAUUUUCCCCGCUUCGUCUUCUACGGUAGAGGGAUUCGUUCAUGGAUUCGGACGUGGGGAAGCUAUUUAUCGGGGGGAUCUCGUGGGAGACGACGGAGGAGAAGCUCAAGGAGUACUUCGGCAAGUAUGGGGACGUGUCGCAAACGGUGAUUAUGCGGGAUAAGGUCUCCGGGAGGCCCCGAGGGUUCGGAUUCGUCGUCUUCGCCGAUCCCUCCCUCAUCGAUCGGGUGCUUCAGGACAAGCACGUCAUCGAUGGGCGCACGGUGGAAGCUAAAAGAGCUCUUUCUCGAGAGGAACAGCAAACAUCCGUCAGAUCUGCAAACCCUAGUAGUGGUCGUUCAGCUUCAGGGGGGGGUGCGAAUAUCCGGACCAAGAAGAUAUUUGUUGGAGGACUUCCUCCAACUCUUACCGAAGAUGGAUUCCGUCAGUAUUUCCAAACCUACGGAAACGUGACCGAUGUCGUUGUCAUGUAUGAUCAGCAAACACAGCGUCCUCGUGGUUUUGGAUUCAUCUCUUUUGAUACAGAGGAUGCUGUUGAUCGUGUUCUUCAUAAAACUUUCCAUGAACUUAAUGGUAAAUUGGUAGAGGUAAAGCGUGCUCUUCCUAAAGAUGCAAAUCCUAGUAGUGGUGGUGGCCGUUCGCAAUCAUACGGUGGGUCUGGGCAAAGUGCUGCUUCAUAUGACAAUAGAAUGGAGGCCAAUAGGUAUAUGCAGCAGCAACAAACUGGUGGCGGCUAUCCUACGUAUGGUUCGUCGGCAUAUGGCGCGCCAAGCUAUGGGUAUGGAGGAGCGAGCAAUGUUGGGUAUGGAGGGUAUGGUGUUAGUGGCUAUGGAAGUGCUUCUGCUGCUGGGUAUGGUGGACCUGCUGGGGCUUAUGGGAAUCCCAAUGCAGCUGGUGGCUAUGUCAGCGGCCCUCCAGGAGCUGCUCCCAGAAGCCCUUGGACCAAUCAAGCUCCGACUGGGUAUGGCUCCUCGGGUUACGGAGGGAAUACAGCCUAUGGAGCAGCUUCCUCGUGGGGCACUUCUGCUGGUGGUGCUGGUGGUGCUGCACCGACCAGCCAGUCGCCAAACAGUGCUUAUGGAAAUCAAGGAUAUGGUGGGUAUGGUGGAUAUGGUGGGGCAGAUGGAGCUUAUGCUAGUCAAGGUGGUGGUUAUGGGGCUGUUGGCGGCCGUGGUGGUGGGCCUACAAAUAAUGCAGCUAGUGGGUCAGGCGUACAAGGUGCUGGUUAUAUGGGUGGUGGGUAUGGUGAUGCCAAUGGGAGCUCGGGUUAUUCGAAUGCUUGGAGAUCUGAUCCUUCACAGGCUGCAGCUUAUGGAUCGGGUCAGGUUAAUGGGCCUGCUGGUGGCCCAGCUAAUUAUGGCGGGGGUUAUGGAGGCAGUCAAGGCCGGCAGCCUCAGCAGCAGUAACUAUUGAGAGGAUUGACUCUUUCAAAUGGAAGCAGAUUUUUCAGCCUGGACAUGCUGCUCUUUGCUGUCCCAGUUUGGUUAUCACUGGAGCCUUUUCAGGGUGAGUUAUCUGCUGGGCACAGUCGAGGCCAGUCUUUGAAGCACUGAUGGUCUCAUUCGUGUUCGUGUUAUUGGUUUCAGUCAUGAAGUGCCAUGAACUUCCAUGUGAUGACCUGCGGGUACGUAAAACAUUUGACCUGUUAACCGGAAUACUUAAUGCUCAGUAUACGUUUACAUUGAAUCAAUGAAAUUUUGAUUGAAAAAUUAGCUUUAAUGGAUUUCAAAGAUGGUGGGUGAUCGGAUUUAGCAGUGAUAUCUAUUAGCCGAAUAUUUAUAGGGCUCUCUAAGAUUUUUGAACUUUGAACAAGUGAUCCGGUUGACAACUUGUGUAGCAUGAGGAUUUUCUUUUGUGAUUGCAACAUAGGAGCUUGAUUUAUCCUAUGGCAAGAUUCUCUUUAAUUAGGAUUUUUAAGGAUAAUGCAUUCCGCCUGCUAGGUGUUUUAUCAUGUUCGGAGAAAUUAGUCUAGAGGUUCUAUAAACUAUUAUAGAUAUCUUUGCAUUUUCUUUAUUAACCGGUUACUAAAUGCCCAUUAGUAAUCAAAAUUGACAUGCUGAACAUGAUGAUCAUUCUUCUAAGCAGGUUCUUAAUAUAUCAUGAAGUCGCGCAUUAAAUUUCAAGCCAAACUUUUAUCAUCACAUCCGCCAGUAAAUAUGAUAAGAGGUGGACUCCAUUUGAAAGCAUUCUUUUGUAAUUAAGGCAGAAAGAUUAAUCUGCCAAUCAAUAUGAGGCGGACUCCAUUAGAAAUCUUUCUUUUGUAAUUAAAGCAGAAAGAUUAAGGGGCAUUUACAGGUAGGCUCAGCUUCCUUAGUCACAAGAUCGCCUAGGUGUAAGUGUAUUGAUAUGUCUAGGAAGAAUCUUUUCACAAUACUAACUCUAUGCUUUGGAGAUGCCUUGUAUUUUCUUGCAGUUCACUCCCAAAACAAGCGCCGAGUAUGGGGUGGGAAAUUAUUAGCCUAUUCUGAAUCUACAAAGAGUAGUCUGAUUCCGUGCCCGAUGACACACAGUUUCACCAGUUUUGCAUUUUUGUCCCGGAGUGCUUUAAUGGAGCUUAAAUGUUGUGGAGUUUCGGAAGGCCUUUCUCAAUACUUAGUCACAUAUCCUUUGUUCUUUUUAUCUAAAGCAGAACACUUUGUACAAAAAGAAAAAAAAUGUAAUUUAGCUUUGCCCAAGAGUUUUCUAUCCGUUUAAAGUUUCCUAUUUCAUUCGAUAUCUUGGAUAUAUGCUGACUAUCUAUUGGUACCAAUUGCACGGAUUA